CCUCUUUUGAGACAAGGGCUUUGUGAACUUUAUACUGUGCAUGUAUUCACAUUUACAAUUUAUUGGGGGUCAUGUUCACCAGGACUGUAGGGGCCACCAGUGUCUCGUUAUUGGGGUCCCAUUUAUCCAAACGAAGAAACUUGGGGGCCCCAGCUAAUCAGAAAAGGGAAUAAAUUAAAGGGUCUGUCAAAGCUAAAAACUCUCAAAAGUAGCACCACCACUACUGACAACACAAGACACAACUCCUUCCCUCUCUGCAGCAGCAAUGGUGACAUCUCUUUCGUCUUUUCUUGCCAACCCCCUCUUUCUCUCUCUCUCUCUCUCUCUCUCUCUCUCAUUCAUUAGCAUUUAGCAACUAAAAACUCUGUUUUACUUAUUUUCUUGCACAACAGUAAUGCUACACUCUUACCGGAGAAUGUCUUUGGUAAUAUAAGUUGAGCUUGUCUUUCUGACUCACACAUCUGAGCUGAGACACUUCUGCUUUGAUCCCCCAUCUCCCAUGCACUGCCCCGCUGCUUGGCUGUGCCUUACAUUGUUUAGUUGGCUUUACAUGACGAGCUUUUAUUUGAACACUGCGAAGUUGUUCCGACAAUCCAAGCGAGUUUCCCACAGAUUCUAGGCUCGUCCUUGAGUGAUCCUCCUCACGCAGUUUGCUGAAAUAUGGGUUUCUCUGCAUGACCACCACUCUCCUAUUGUCUUCCCACCAAUUAAUUUGCGGAACUUAAUGCAGGUAAAUCUGUUUUUAUUAAGCUUCAAAAUGGCUUCUGCAAGUUCCAUGUUGAGCCUUUUCUUGGUGAUAUCGCUGUGCUCUUCAGAACUAUUAUCAGCCAGUGCUUCAGAUUUGCAGGCACUGAUGGCAUUUAAAUCGGUUCUAAGGAACCCAGAAGGAAUAGCUGAUUGGGGAGAGGGUCCUUCCCCUUGUACUUGGACAGGGAUCACUUGCGGAAAUGGCAGUGUUGUUUCCAUUUCUUUGCCUCAUCUGGGUCUGCAAGGCACUCUUCCUCUAGAGCUGGGAUCACUGUCAAACCUUGAGCUACUUGACCUUGCGGAUAAUGAAUUCUCUGGUCCACUUCCUCCUCGGCUCUGGAAGCUCAAAAAGCUUAAAACGCUUAACCUGAGCUUCAAUCUCCUAAAUGGGACCCUUUCUUCUGAUGUCCAAAACCUAGAACAUUUGCAGAAACUGAUCCUUGGAUCCAACAGUUUGUCAGGCAAAUUGGACCCAGCUAUUUGUUCUUGUUUAAGCCUUGAAAUUUUGGAUUUAGGUGCAAAUUCCUUCACUGGGGAAAUCCCAAAUCAGAUAUCAUAUCUGUCUAAAUUACAGGUGCUGGUUUUGGGAGGAAAUGGACUUUCUGGUCCAAUUCCAUCGUCCAUUGGUGAGCUUUUCAAUCUUGUUUUUCUCGACCUUGGUGAUGGCUUUCUUUCUGGAUCCAUUCCCACCAGUCUCUGGCAGCUGGAAAAGUUGCAGUCACUGGAUCUAUCUAACAACUCAAUUAGUGGACCGAUUCCUUCAAUUAUUGGCAGACUGUCAGCACUGAGGGAUCUCCAUGUAGGUCAUAACAGGUUCGAGGGUGCCUUGCCUCGUGAUGUUGGCAAUUUGAAAAACUUGCGUAACUUGGAUGCACCUUCUUGUGGGCUCACAGGCCCAAUUCCUGAUGAAAUUGGCAAUCUACAGAGCCUUGAGAUGCUUGACCUCUCAAUUAAUCCAUUACAGUCACAAAUCCCCCCGUCCAUCGGAAAACUGCAAAAUCUGACAAUUCUAAACUUGAUUAGUGCAGCAAUCAAUGGGUCAAUACCACCAGAACUUGGGAACUGCCGGAAAUUGAAAACCGUGAUCCUUACCUUCAAUGACCUCUCCGGACCUCUGCCAGAUAAACUUGCAGGCCUGUCGGAUUCUAUCAUCUCAUUCAGCAUUGAACGGAAUCACAUUUCAGGACAGCUUCCACCUUGGUUUGGAAGAUGGGUUUCGGCUGAUUCGAUCUUGUUGGCGUCUAAUGAAUUCCAUGGCACGAUCCCAUCGGAAUUUGGCAACUGUACAUCCCUGACUUAUCUCACCCUCAGUCAUAAUCAAUUAACAGGAAACAUUCCUUCAGAGCUCUGCAACUGCAAGUUCUUGUCAGAGCUUGACCUUGAGAACAAUCUCCUCACUGGGAUGAUCAAUGACACAUUUCGAUAUUGUCAAAACCUUACCCAGCUUAUUCUAGUUCAGAACAGGCUUACUGGGGCUAUUCCAGCAUAUUUAUCUGAUCUUCCACUUCUGAGUCUUGAACUCGAUUAUAACAAAUUUUAUGGAGAGAUUCCAGUGGAGAUAUGGAGUUCAAACUCCUUAAUGGAGUUCAGUGCAGGCUUUAACUUCCUCGGGGGGACAUUGUCUCCAAGGAUUGGUGGCCUUGUUACCCUUCAACGUCUUAUCCUGAAUGACAACAGAUUGGAAGGAAGAAUACCAAAGGAGAUUGGGGAACUUCGGGACCUAUUAGUGCUGUCAUUGAACCACAACCAGCUAUCAGGAGAGAUCCCUCGAGAACUAUUCAGAUGCAGGUCUCUGAUGAGCUUAGAUCUCGGGUUCAACAAACUCAAUGGAAGUAUUCCAAGAGAAAUAAGAAAUCUGACACAGCUGGAAUUCCUAGUUCUUUCCCAUAACCAUCUUUCAGGUGACCUUCCCCUUGGAAUAACUGAAGGUUUCCGCCAACCCUCAAUUCCUGAAACAAGCUACUUCCAGCACCGCGGAGUCUUUGAUCUCUCUGGGAACUUGUUUUCUGGCAAGAUUCCUCAACAACUAGGUAACUGCAUUGUGAUUGUAGACCUGAUACUUGGUAAUAACAACUUCUCCGGUGAUAUUCCACCAUCCAUUUUCAAGCUCCCAAACCUCACUUCCAUUGAUCUUUCUUCAAAUCAACUGGAAGGGAAGAUUCCAAAUGAAGUUGGUGAUCCCUAUAAGCUUCAAGGUCUAGAUUUGGCAUACAACCGUUUUCAUGGUGAGAUCCCGACUGAGAUUGGAAAGCUCAAGAAUCUGGUUAAAUUGAAUCUGUCAGGGAACCUGUUUACAGGAUCUGUUCCUGCUUCGAUUGGCAAUCUUGGAACUCUUUCUGAUCUGGACCUCAGCAACAAUCAUCUCUCUGGUAUGCUACCACUAUCCCUUUCCAUGUUGACAAAAAUUGUUGGCCUGUACUUGCAACAGAACCAGAUCACAGGUGACAUCAAUGGAGUGCUCAUGCAGAGUGGUUCAUGGCGACAAAUUCAGACUUUGAACUUGAGUUUGAACUUAUUAUCUGGUGAAGUUCCAAGCUCAAUAGCAAACCUGUCAUAUCUAAAUUACCUGGAUCUGCAUAACAACAGGUUCACUGGAACAAUUACCAGAUACCUCGGCAAUCUUUCACAGCUUAUGUACCUGGACAUGUCCAACAACUUGUUUCAUGGGCAAAUUCCACAGGAGCUAUGUGACAUUACUGAUCUUAACUUUCUUAAUCUUUCAAACAAUCAGCUAUGGGGCCCAGUUCUGAAUUGUGGGAAGUUUACAGGUAGAUCAUUUCUGAACAACAGUGAUCUCUGUGGAUCUUCAGUAGGGCGUAUUUGCAAAUUUGGACGAAGACAGAGGAGACGGUUGCUUGACACACCUGCCAUCUUGAUUCUAUCACUGAGUACCUCUUUUUCCUUUUUCUGCUUGUUUAUUGUCUUCCUCAAAUGGAAGACUCUCUUCCAGGAUAGCAUGAAGCCUCUUCCAAAGAGCAUGGCGAAAACCAGAGUGGCAACCAUGAAUGACAUAGGAACCAGUUUUGAGCAGCCUCUUCUCCAGCUGACACUCUCAGACAUCCUUCAUAUCACAAACAAUUUCUCCAAAUUGAAUGUGAUUGGUGAUGGUGGAUCAGGAACUGUAUAUAGAGGAAUCCUUCCAGAUGGGAGGAUGGUUGCAAUCAAGAAGCUUGGGAAGGCACGGGACCAAGGAAGCAGAGAAUUCCAAGCAGAAAUGGAGGCAAUAGGAAAAGUGAAACAUAAAAAUCUAGUCCCCUUGCUGGGAUACUGUUCUUUUGAAGACAACAAGAUUCUGAUAUUUGAAUUCAUGGCAAAUGGAAGCUUGGAGUCCUGGUUAAGGAAUAAAAGUGAAUCACUGAAUGUAUUAAGUUGGAACAAAAGAUUAAAAAUUGCAACAGGAACAGCAAGAGGGCUAGCUUUUCUGCACCAUGGUGUUAUCCCACGUGUUAUUCACCGGGAUGUGAAGGCCAGUAACAUUCUUCUGGAUCAAAAUUUUGAAGCACGGGUCUCAGACUUUGGGUUGGCAAGAGUAGUAAGUGCAUAUGACACCCAUGUGACCACUGAAAUAGCUGGUACAUUUGGGUAUAUUGCACCAGAAUAUGCUCAGAGCUGGAGGUCCACAACAAAGGGGGAUGUGUAUAGUUUUGGGGUUAUACUAUUGGAGAUGGUUACAGGAAAAGAGCCAACUGGUAUCUGUUUUAAGGAUGUUGAAGGGGGAAAUCUGGUAGGCUGGGUUAGAGAAAUGGUGACAAGAGGAAAGAGUGUAGAAAGUUUAGAUGGAAGAGUCUCCAAUGGAAGUGUUUGGGUUGCCCAGAUGGUUGAGGUGCUGCAUCUUGGACUCGUCUGCACAAGUGAGGAUCCAAUGAAGAGGCCAUCCAUGCUGGAGGUGGUUAAGUUUCUCGAAGAUAUUGGUGGAGAAUAAAAAGGUUUCUCAUUUGUAUAUGGAGGCUUUCAGAAAUCAAGCUUUCCCUACAUUUAAUCUCCACAUGUAUUUCAUUAGUUUUCUUGUUUUCAAAGGAAAGUAUUUAUUGUCCAGAAUCUAUCACAAUAGACAUGGCUCCUUGGUUCUUAUUUUA